AUGGCAUCCGAGUAUGACACUGGUGUAUCCAACGGAGAUGUCGAUUGGUUGUUUCGAGGCAAGUCCAAGAAGUUGACCAAGAAGAUGAACAUUGUUCCCGUUAAUGGCGCCGAACGCAGGAAUAACUCCAGGGAAGAUGACGCUGCCGAAAAGGAAAAGGAAUUGUCUGCCAAGACGAGCCCUACUGAUAAGAAAGAUGCUACGUCUGCAAAUUCAAAUAUGAAUACAAACUCAACUGCGAAUACAAAUACAACCCCAACUACAAAUGCAGCUAUAAAUUCAACGGUGUCUUCUAAGCCUUCUGCUCCAUCUGUAACUGCAAACAGUAACAUGCCAGCCAAUCAAAACCCUGGCAAAGAUGCAGUUGCUGAAAAGCUCUCCAAGCUCGACAAGUUCAAGUUUGGCCGCUCACGUUCAUCCUCGGCUUCUUCAGUUACCAACCAACCUCCAGAAACCCAGGCUCAACAGAAUCAGAAGGUUUUGGCACAGAACGCAACUAAAAGACGAGGUAGUUUGAACUUCAUCUCUCCAUCUCUAACGAGCGAUCUUGCUUACAACGACAAUGAUAUUGCAGCUGCGCACACUUCUUCAUCGCCCAACUCCUCACCGAAUGUUUCCAGAAGCAAUUCUUCUUCUGGUAAAUCGAGAUCACUUUUCAGCUCCCUUUCGUCCAAAUUCAAAUCUCUGUCGGCAAUUCCAUCUUCGACAGCAACAGCUACACCUCCGUCGACUUCUACAUCUACUUUGACUUCGCAGCCUCAACAAAAGUUGAAUCCUAACUUGAUCGGUUCUGCUUCGGGUUCGACUGAUCCAAACAGUCAGGAUUUGGCUUCUGUGGUAAAUAAACCUCCGGCUGGAAUUCCUGGUAAACGUAGAACUUCAUUUGGCACAAAACUCGGCUCUAGCCCUACUCAGAAAGAGAUUUUCGUUCCAGCCACAGAAACUGUGAAUUCAACGAGAAGGCGUUCUUCAUUGGUUCCGCUGGAUUUCCCUAUAAAGUCUUCUUCUACGACAUCUUCUUCAUCAAUCUCGUCCUGUGCAGCUACCAAUAGAAUCGUUCUUAACAAAAAUCCCAAUAGGGGAAAGAUCCCGUUGAAGGACUUGAAUGGUAUAAACUUGCGUAGAGUAACCUUUGCUAUCGACAAAUUGGCGUACGAUCCACAACAGCAGAUUCCCUCAAGAAGACCCAAGAAGGGAAAUGUCCUCAUCCCUCAGGACUUGAUGGCACCUCCGCCACGUUUGUCUCAGGGAAUUUCUCUUAACGAUGGAAACAGAGUAGAGCUGCAGCAAACUCACCAAUAUACCGAUAAGGAAAUCGCCUUGGCUAUUGACGCACAAAGAAGAGCACUCUUAGAGGCUGAGAAACAUGCCCAGGAAGCUCAUUUGUCUGCGAAACGGAUAGCUGUAGAAGUCGGGCUAUUUAAACAGCAGAAAUCUCGUUCUUCUUCAUCUGUCGGAUUUUCUUCAUUUACUUCAGGCACCUCAGUGGGUUCUACUACUGACGAAGAUGACGAUAUUGGAGACAUGGCUCAUGAUGUGGGCAAAAUCGAAAUCGACAAACCUUUGCAUUUCCAUGAGAACCACUUCGAUGAAAGCACGGAGGAACCUACUGGCGAAUUGUCAUUAGAAGUGAUUUAUACAAGAUGCUGUCAUCUACGGGAAAUCUUGCCUAUUCCUGCUACACUUAGACAAUUGAAGAACAAAUCGAAACCCUUACAGGUUCUAAAGUUAUUAAAUCCUAAGCCUACGCUUAUUGAUGUCUUAUCCUUCAGUGAUUUCAUCGCCAUCACUCCUAUCAACACUGUUAUAUUUGAUAAUGUGACAAUGACAACGGAAAUGCUCAAACAUUUUCUUGCCUCACUUGUAUACAACAAGUCGUUGGAGAAGUUAUCACUUCGAAACGUUGCCAUAGAUGAGAUAGGUUGGAAGUACUUGUGCAAGUUCUUAUCUAGAAAUACCAGCAUCAAGAAGCUUGAUAUCUCACAGCAGAGAGUUAAGACCGAAACAAAGGCCAAUUGCAUCAGAGCCAACAUGAACUGGGACUUGUUUAUACAAUCACUAGUGUUGAGAGGAGGCAUCGAAGAAUUGGUCAUCAACGGAUGCAAAUUAACUGAUGAAAAGUUCAAAGACUUGGUGGAAAAUACAGUCAGUAUUUCUACUUAUAGAUUCGGAAUUGCUUCGAUAGAGCUUAACCUCUUUAAGGCACAAGUAGUCGCAGAUUGGUUGUCUAGCGAAGGUUCCAAGUGUGUUGGUGUAGAUAUUGCUUUCAAUGAUCUUAGCAAGGGGCAGUUAAAACCAUUCAUAAAGGCUUUUGAUAAAGGAAAUGCCAAUCUCUUGUUCUUUUCCUUGAAUUCGACACACUUAACAGAUGUUGAUGAGACCACUGAGUUGAUCAAAUCGCUUGUUAAGGUGAAGACUUUACGAUUUUUAGACUUGAGUUCUAUCCCAGAUGUGUUUCCGGCUAUUAUUUCUCGUUUAGGGAAGUAUCUUCCCCAUUAUGAGAAUCUAAGGAGGAUUCAUUUUGAUCUUAAUGAGCUUUCAGCUCAAUCCAUAGGAGUUAUAUCGGAAUUUCUCCCUAGGAUAAAGACUUUAGUUCAUGUUUCAAUGCUUGGCAACAGAAGUCUCAACAUUUCGGCAGCAGGAACGUUAUACAAUGCUGUGAAACUAUCCAGUUCCAUAUUUACCCUUGAUUUGGACUAUGAUUUGAUUCCUGAUGAUUUAUCGCAGAGAAUUGCAUUCUACUUAAUGAGAAACAUGGAUAGAACUAUGAGACCAGAGUUGGAUUCUACAACUAACCACAAGGAUAAUGAAGAAGACCUCAUGUUUGACGGUUCCUUGUUGAUGCAGACUGCUGAAAAGUUGCUAAUGGAGAAUGAACUGCAAGACGAUGUCAAGAAGCAGAAAGAGGACUUGAAGAUUCAACGUAUUGUCACAAAUGCAUUGAUUGAGCGUACAAGAUCUAUUCGAAAGGAUAUACAUGCAGCCAUUGAUACAUUAUUUGAAAAACGUAAUCAAGGUACGCUUUCAUUAGAAGGAAAAGAGACUUUACUUAGGUUCUGCCUUUUGGACUCUUCGUUGGAGAAGCUUGUACAUAUGUUCGAGGAACAGGCAGCAAAGAGUGUUUUGAAGGACACGAAUCCAAUUGAUAAUAUAACCAAUGGCCCUGGAAUUGAUCGGGUGAAUUCUCCAUUGAACAUCACGAUCACUACUCACGAUAACAUGCACGAGAGUUCAACUGAAUUGAUCACAUCUGGACCGAUUGUUACACCUCAUAUAACAAAACCAGAAGCACAAUACUUUCCUGGCUUGGAUCCAGCUUUUCUUCCUCAUCAAGUUGUGUCAGAAGCGACUUCAGAUGGAGUUGACGUUCCUAUAGACUAUUUAACCGGUAGGCCCGUUCUUAUGAGGUCCAUCAGUCAGACGUCGGUACAUGCUAAGGAACAGGAGAAGGAAGAAGGUGAAUUCCACAGGUUGGGAUUCUUUAUGCAACUGAGAGAUAAUUCUUCUGAUGAAAGUGGAAAAUCUGAACCUACUUCUGAAAGCAAGGCCCCUUCUAGUCCCUCAGCUAAUAAGCAUUUGCCGUUGUUGAAUGUGUUACCGUCUGGUCCAGAAUUGAGAGAUGCUAUCAUUGCAGCCAAAGGAAUUGAAAGCGUUACAGAUUUGAUUGAUAAGAUUAACAACAAUGACCGAGCUAGCAUUGACAAAAUUUACAAAGCAUGCGGAAAGGACGACGAUGGAAAGGCUUGCAACAAAUGUGAGCCUAAAGACGUAGCAGAUGAUAUAUCGAUAGACUCCGAUAUCGACGCUAUAGACACUGUCACUUGUUCUCACAAGGAUCACGAAGUUAAUGCCGUUGUAGAUGAGGUUUACGAAAAGUUGCUUAAUGACGCCCAAAGGUCUAGACUGAACAAGCAAGACUAG